AUAUUUAAUAAUACAAGAGGUCAGUCUGAUAUAGCUAAACCCAUUAGUGCAAUACCUGGUGAUGUUCAAGUAUAUGCUGACAAUAUGAGACAGCAUUACAAACACCAACCUAUUGUUGCUACAGACUGGCCACCAAGAAUUGGAAAAGACUUCUUCGGAAGAUUAGCACUAGUAGAAAAACAAGAUUCCAAUACACAAGCAGAGUCAGCUUGGCAUCUGCUAAGAGGACAAGUUGAUAAAACAGUUAAACUAACUGGCAACAAAGAAAUAAGUGUUGAAAAUGUCCUUCAACCCACACAUAGUUCUCUGUCUCUCAGAGUAGUAAUAGAUGGUCCUCCUGGUAUUGGCAAGACAACACUCUGUCGUAAACUGUUAAACAUGUGGUCAAAUGGAACACUGGUACACAGGCAGUAUGACUUGGUACUUUACUGUCCUUUAAGGAAUAGCAAGAUUGCUACAGCUACUACACUAGCCGAGCUAUUUGAGUUUAAAAGUUCCAAAGUUUCAAAAGUAGUUGAUUGGUUGUCCGAUAGAGAUGGAGAAGGAUUACUGAUAAUCUUUGAUGGUUGGGAUGAACUAAGUGAACACCACAGACAGUCUUCAUUAGCUGCUAGUAUCAUUUAUAGAAAGCAGUUAGGUCAAUCUUCAGUAAUUGUUACCUCUCGUACUUAUGCCUCCUCUUCACUUUUAGAAAUUUCUAAUCUAAGUAGACAUGUUCAGGUCAUUGGAUUUUCUGAGGAAGAAAUAUCAAUAGUAAUCAUACAAACUCUUCAAAAAGAUGCAAAACUAGCACAAGAACUCAUUGAUAAGAAAAGGGAAGCUGAGAAAAACAAAAAAACUUUCACGACUACUCAAAGCA